GUGAUCGGAACAGGGUACACGGAGGGGAGUGGGGCCCUCCUCGGUCUCCCUGCCCCCUUGUCACCUUCCCGCGACUCUGCCCGGGAGGGGCGUCCCAGGGUGCUGGUGGGAGGAGCGGGAGGGCUGUUACCUCAUCGUCGCCUCCUGGAGGCUCCGCUCGCCCGCGCCGCCGGUUGAAGCGGCGACUCCCCGCGCUGGAACGGAGGAAGGACGGAAGGACCGAGGCGCCGAGAGGCAGCGCCGCCUCCCGCUCCGCUGCGGGACCCGCGCCGGGGAGGAGGUCGGACCUCGGUGCUCCGCGCUGCCGGCGGCGCCUCUGGUCGCGCUGCGGGGCGGAGGCGGUGUCUGCGCGCGGCGCGCCCGGUCUGCUCCCUCCCGAGCUUCUGCACUCGCAGGAGCUGCUCGUGGUUCCGCCGUCGGCCCGCUCGGCUGGCUGUCUGCCUUGUCUGCCGCCCGCUCGGUCCUCGGACCUGGCCUCUCUGGGCUCCGGGAGCUCCGAGGAGCGCAGAGGGACUGGGGCGCGCGGCCCGGGUGGCGCACGGUGCGGCGCCGGCCCAUGAGGGUCCCGGGCGCCGGGCGCGGUAGCGCGGGCCGGCUAUGGGGGGCAGCCUGCGGGUGGCCGUGUUGGGCGCCCCGGGCGUGGGCAAGACGGCCAUCAUCCGCCAGUUUCUGUUCGGCGACUACCCCGAGCGCCACCGGCCCACGGACGGGCCGCGCCUCUACCGGCCCGCGGUGCUGCUCGACGGCGCAGUCUACGACCUGAGCAUCCGCGACGGAGACGGCACUGGCCCAGGUCCUAGUCCUGGAAGUCUCGAGGAGUGGCCGGAUCCUAAGGACUGGAGCUUGCAGGAAACGGACGCCUUUGUGCUGGUCUACGAUAUCUGCAGCCCCGACAGCUUCGACUAUGUGAAGGCGCUGCGGCAGCGCAUCGCCGAGACCAGGCCCGCGGGCGCCCCCGAAGCACCCAUCCUGGUGGUGGGCAACAAGCGAGACCGGCAGCGGCUGCGCUUCGGUCCGCGGCGCGCGCUGGCCACCCUGGUGCGCAGGGGCUGGCGUUGCGGCUACCUCGAGUGCUCGGCCAAGUACAACUGGCACGUGCUGCGUCUCUUCCGAGAGCUACUGCGCUGCGCUCUGGUGCGAGCGCGCCCCGCGCACCCAGCCUUGCGCCUGCAGGGGGCGCUGCACCCGGCGCGCUGCAGCCUCAUGUGACCGACCGAGUUAUCCCAGGCCCUCCGGUGCGACCCUCUUUAGACUGAAACACCCGGGGGCCCGGAUUGGACGAGAUUGCCCAACUUCUCUCGGAUUGGACAGGACAGACUCUCCUUCCUGAUUGGAUGAGAAAAGCUCCCUCCCAGUCUCCUGGGCGACACUCUUUUUUGAACUUCAUUGGACCUAGGCAGGCUCAAAACCCUAUUGGACAAGAGCAGCUCUUUCUGGGACCUCAUUUGGCCCAACCGCCAGGAUCCUAUUGGAUGGGAAGGGCUUGGCUAUGAAUCUGAUUGGAAGCUCCCAGGCAACUCCUGGCUUCAUUAGACAAAGUCACACUCCCCAGAAUGCAAUAAAGGGGAAAACAAUUUAA